CACGCACCUUUCUUCACACCUAACCUCGUGCUGCAUUUUGUCCAUUUAAUAAUUAAAUACCACGAAACACAAUAAAAAUCUUCACGAAACCAUGAAACCGGAAUAUGAACUAGUCUCAUUUCAUAUUAUUGAAAAAUUCAACACUAGUUCACUUGUAACAUGGACUUAUCCAAGUAUAUCAGAUGCACUAAAGCAGAAACUACAACAGACUUGUUUACUAGAUAAAGCACACAAGUCAGACUUUAUCUACCAUCGCCUAGAUAAGCAAUGGAUCUAUAUCUGGGAGUGUUUCAAAGAACAAAAAUGUUAUGCACUUGCAUUAGUCACCAAAAGUUUCAAUCCCAAUAAGUAUAGACAAUUUGGCAGCCACCUAUGCAGUAUUUAUGAGAUAAACUACAAACCCAUUGAGUUAGUCAAAGUGUUUCUGGGUGCAUUUACUAAUGGCAGUUAUAAAGUGCAACAGAAUGGUACCCAGUGCAAUGUAUAUUUCAAUGAGUCUAAAAUGAUUCAAAAUGAAACAUUUGAAGAGCUUGUGAAUGCAUUUGAUGUGGAGAUUAUUUUGAUUUUUAAUGCAUUGUUGUUGAAAAAGAGGAUAUUUGUGUAUCAUACUGAUUUUAGCUCAUUGUUAAAGCAUAUUGAGGUGAUGUCCAGGCUAAUCGACGUUAAACUUCGGGAUCCAAACGAGUAUUUGUUUCCUUGCGUACGAAACAUUAACUUUGAGUUAAAGGGCAAAACUUUCUUCAUAGCUGGGGUAGUCGAUAAAAACAUCAAUAUUAAACCAGAUGCGUAUGAUCUGUUCGUAAACUUACAAAACAGCUCAAUAAAAAUCUCUCCAAACAGUAAAGAUAUUUUCCAAAUGACAAAAUGGCAUAAAGAAAUAGCGUUACUUCUCACAAAUGCAGAGAACACCGAGAAAAUGACGGAUCUGUACACGAAGACGUCAAAUCUGUUAUCAAACUUAAAAAGUUUCGCUGAGGCCUCUCCGACUGAAGAGGGGCAAUCAAUGGUGACUCUAGACGCACUCCGAGCUAAGAAGUUACCUGCGGCUAUGGAAAACUUCCUGUUUAAUCUUGCGGUUGCGGAAAACAUUAUGAUGCUAUAAAUAUUCCAGACUUUAUCAUUUUGAUACUCCGAAAAUAUGUAACAUAAAUACGCUUUUUAUUAUAAUGCAUUCCUCUCUCUCAUUGCCUAUGUACAUAUAUUAUAUUAUCAACAAUAACACUUAUCACUAGCAAUUAAUUGAUGCAGCUUGUUAUGUGAAUUAUUUAGGGGUAAUCUUAUCAACUAAAAAAAUUAUUUAAAAAUGAAAUAACUUAUCGCGCAAUUCUGUGCUAUAAACUAUAACUAAACUCACAAUAUCGUGAGAAAUAGUGCAGUAAAUGAUAUCCAUGAUUAUUAAAUUAAUUUUUACCUAUA